UGAAACGAAAGCUCUAAGAUCUAAUCUUCUCAUUCGCUAAUCAUACAUAAUAAUCUGUUACUUAUAUACUGUUUCAAUUGUUUUUUUUUUGGUUGAUCUAUUGUUCUAUUUUUGCAGGAUUUGUAUUUGUUUCUCUGUUUUUGUUUUUUUGAUAGAAUGGAUUCAGGAGGAUCUUUCGGUAUGUUGAACAAGUCUCAAUCUAGAAAUCCAUUGCAAGACCAUGCUGUUCUUCACAGAAGAAACUCCAAUGAAAAUUUGGAUAGAUUUAUCCCUAACAGAUCUGCAAUGGAUUUUGACUAUGCACACUACAUGCUAAUGGAAGCAAAGAAAGGUAAGGAAAAUCCAGUUUCAAGUUCUCCAGCGAAAGAGGCUUACAGGAAGCAGCUUGCAGAGGCUUUGAACAUCAACAGAACCAGAAUUCUUGCGUUCAAGAACAAACCACCUACACCUGCAGAGUCGCUGUUCCCUGAAACUUCAUCAGUUCAGCAAGCAAAACCAGCAAAGCCCCGAAGAUCUAUUCCCCAAACUUCAGAGAGGACAUUAGAUGCUCCAGAGAUCAUUGAUGAUUACUACUUGAAUUUGUUGGACUGGGGAAGCAGCAAUGUCCUUGCAAUAGCUCUCGGAAACACCGUGUACUUGUGGGACGCUACAGAUUCAUCCACCUCUGAGCUCAUGACUGUCGAUGAAGAUACAGGCCCUAUUACUAGUGUCAGCUGGGCUCCUGAUGGUCGUCACAUUGCUGUUGGAUUGAACAGCUCUGAAGUUCAACUCUGGGAUUCUACAUCUAACAAACAACUGAGAACUCUACGAGGCGGUCAUGAAUCUCGAGUUGGUGCUAUGGAUUGGAACAACCAUGUUCUGUCAACAGGAGGAAUGGACGGUUUGAUUAUUAACAAUGAUGUCAGAAUCAGAAACCACAUUGUAGAAACAUACAGAGGACAUCAUCAAGAAGUGUGUGGAUUGAAAUGGUCUGCAUCAGGACAACAAUUAGCAAGUGGUGGGAAUGACAACCUUCUUCAUAUCUGGGAUAGAUCAGUUGCUUCUUCAAACUCUCCUACUCAAUGGCUUCACAGACUUGAAGACCACACUGCUGCUGUGAAAGCCCUUGCUUGGUGUCCAUUCCAGGCUAAUUUACUUGCUUCUGGAGGUGGUGGAGGCGAUAGAUGUAUUAAAUUCUGGAACACCCACACUGGAGCUUGCUUGAAUUCUGUGGAUACUGGAUCCCAAGUUUGUUCUUUGCUCUGGAACAAAAAUGAGAGAGAACUUUUGAGCUCUCAUGGGUUCACUCAAAACCAAUUGACCCUUUGGAAAUAUCCAUCAAUGGUUAAGAUUGCUGAGCUUACUGGUCACACUUCAAGAGUUCUAUACAUGGCUCAGAGUCCGGAUGGAUGUACUGUAGCAUCUGCAGCAGGGGAUGAAACUUUAAGAUUCUGGAAUGUCUUUGGGACACCUGAAUUGGCUAAACCUGCACCCAAAUCCAACCCAGAGCCAUUUUCUCAUUUCAAUCGCAUCCGUUGAGUUAUGUGGUGAACUACACUUCAAGAGUUCUAUGCAUAGCCCAGCAUCUCUGCAGCAUGGGAUGAGAGAGAAGAUUUAAGAAUAUAUUUGGGGGGGAGAUGUAAUUGGCCAAACCUUCAUCUGUAGCCGUUUGCUCAUUCUGAUCACAUCUGUUGAGCAUAUAUGGGGAGGUUUACAAUGAAUUGAACAUAUUAUUCUGUUAUAGAUGAGUUCUGAAGCUGUUGCUGGAUUCGUUAGGCACAGUUGGAAUUACAACCAGAUCUUGUUGCACUUCUGAAGACGUAUGAGAAAUCAGGUUAAGCCGAAGAUAGUGCAAAGAAUGUUGGUUGUGAGCGUGACAAAAUAACUGAAGUGAAGCUAUUGCACUUUUGAAGAUGUAUUGAUAUACACCUGCAUAUAUUAUCUUUUUGUACACUUUCUAGAGACAGAUAUACUGUAACCUCCAUCGAUCUUAAUAAGAAAAACUAUCAUCUUCUCCCGUGGAUGUAGGCUAGCCAUAGCCGAACCACGUAAUUGCUGUGUCGAGUCUAUACUUCUAUUCUUUAUUUCUCCGAAGUGGUUGUUAUUCUUCUCAUUCC